CUAGGCCGCCGGAAAUACAUAAUGGUACUAGCCAACCUCGUUCAGCAUGGCAUGGCAUCUCCAUCAAUUUUGCCAACCAUUGUUAUCUCUCGUCUCUUGGGAGGAGGAGACGGCGUGGUGGCCCGAGAAACGGAGAUCUGCCUCCUGACAACAACCACAUCUGGCUGAUAAAUUCGGGCCCGCCGGCUCCAUGAGCACCGGCGGGCCGGCCUCGAGUAUGACUAGUAUUAAUCGGAGAGUUGAUCAUGACGACUCGUCUGGCGCCCCUGCCGCCGGCGCUGGCGGAAGCACCAGCGGCAGCGGGUUGUCGCCGACAGGGCGGUGGGGGAAGCCGGUGGGAUCCAUGAAAAAGUCGAGGCAACCCAUCAUCACUCGGGAUGACCCCAACAUGCUGAAGACGCACUUCCUAGAGAUCGCCUCCGGAGCAGACAUCGUGGAAGGAAUAGCCAGGUUUGCGCGCCGCCAGAAGUUCGGGGUGUGCGUGCUCUCGGGCAGUGGCAUGGUCGGUGAUGUCACGCUGCGCCAGCCCCUGUGGCCGGAGGGCUCCACCGUCACACUUCACGGCAGAUUCGAAAUCCUUUCCCUCUCAGGCGCCUUCAUGCCGCCGCCGUGUCCUCCCGGCGCCAACGGCCUGACAAUCUACCUCGCCGGAAGAGAGGGUCAGGUCGUCGGAGGCAAAGUCGGCGACGCCCUCGUAGCUUCCGGCACGGUCAUGGUCGCCGUGACCACCUGCUCUAACAUUACCUACGAGCGCCUCCCACUCGUUGAUGACAAGCCCGCCAAGGCAGCAGCAGAUCCCGAUGAAUCACCGGCGGGAAUGGCUGUCGCGCAGGGAUUGCUGGUCCCCAAGUUCGACGACUUGUCACCGGACCUGAUGCCGAAGGAGGAAGAUAACCUCGAAGAUAAGCAGGCACUAAAGUACACAACAGAGAAGAUGGAAAACGACGACACUCUAGAGCCAUUACAAGGUAGUACAUUGGAGCAGGUUCUUGGUAACCUCGGCCGUAAGCACAGAUCGCAAAAGAUGGAAAUUGAUCGUACUCCAGACUCUCCAGAGCCAUCACAUGAUAGUGCGUUGGAACAGACAUCAUCACAGAACAUGGAAACUGAUCCUAGUCCAGAGUCAGCGAUGAGUACCUUGGAGCAGGACGAAAGGCUGCCGCUUCAGAGAACCCUCUCUGCUAUACAAGACCUUAUCAAACGUGCUGACUGGUGGGUUCACAAGCAUAUUUUGGUUAAUCAGGCUACCAAUGACACAGUGUAUUGUGCUGAAGAUCUCUUGGACGAACUCGAUUACUAUGAGCUCCGAGACAAAAUUGAAGGAAGUACAUUGCGACCUGGAUGCUUAGAGACUUGUGACAUCAAAAUGAAGAAAGUCAAAGGAGAGCUCGAUGAACGAAUGAACCUAACGGAUCUCAUUGGCAUGCCUGAUGUGCGGCAGCUGUUUAUCGAUGAAUCUAUUUGUCAGGAAGCCAAUCUUUUUAAAGAGGAAAAAGCAAUCUUUGGGCGUCAGAAAGAGUUGAUGGAGUUGUUUGACUUGCUUGAUUUUCAAGAGAACAGUCCAACCAGUGAGCAAGUCACUGCUGCAAUCACAGUACCUGACCGUGAUCAAGCAAGACCAGAAAAUGUGUCUGUUUUACCAAUAGUAGGAAGAAGUGGUGUCGGGAAGACUACUCUGGCCCAUAACAUUUUCAGAGAGAAGAGAGUUGGUGAUCAUUUUGACCUGCUAAUUUGGAUACGAGAAGAAGUUGAUUAA